AUGGCCGCGACACCUUCGACUACCCUAACUCCCAAUGACAUUGAAAUCGCGACAAGAGCAGCAGACCAUUUCACCCGAAUUUACUAUACCGCCUAUGACUCCGACACGCGCCUUGCGGACCUACCUCCGUUUUACCGCGCAAAUUCAUCUCUAACAUGGAAUGGGACCCCGUUUCAGGGCGUAGAAGGCUUAAAAGACCUGGUGACCAAAAUGCCUGCCACAAAACAUGAAGUCCAGUCUUUUGAUUGCCAUCCAAUACCAGGUGCCCAACCACCGUCCCUCUUGAUCACUGUUUCAGGGAAUGUCAUACAUGGCAAAGGUCCAUCAGGAAAUCCGCCCGACACACCUGCUCGUGCCAUAGAAGGCCACCCACGCGUCUUUUCGCAAACCUUUAUUUUGGUCCCAGACCCCAAUGCCCCUCCCACAAAGCCAGGAGAGGUAGCAAAAUACUACGUCAGCGCAGAUGCCUUGCGAUUUGUUGGUUAG